AUGCUCCAGAAGAAGAAGAAUGCUGUUUUGGUGGAUGGGGUUAUCCUAAAUGGUCCAAUAACAGACUCAAAAGCAGGAGAGAAGUUUGUGGAAGAGGCCUGUAAGAUUAUAAUGGAAGAAGUAAUACAGAAAGCUGAUGAUGUAACAGGGAAGGUUUGUGAAUGGCGAGCCCCCGAAACACUGAAGCAGAUUCUUGACCUGGAAAUGAGGGACACCGGAGAAUCUCAUCAGAAACUCUUGCAACUCUGCCGGGAUGUUAUACAAUACAGCGUCAAAACCAGUCAUCCGAGAUUUUUCAAUCAGCUGUAUGCUGGACUAGAUUAUUACUCGUUAGUGGCUCGUUUCCUUACAGAAGCACUGAACCCGAGUGUAUAUACAUAUGAAGUAUCACCUGUGUUUUUGUUGGUGGAAGAAGCAGUCAUCAAGAAAAUGAUUGAGUUCAUAGGCUGGGAAGAAGGUGAUGGUAUAUUUAAUCCAGGUGGCUCUGUUUCUAAUAUGUAUGCUAUGAACUUGGCGAGAUACAAAUUUUGUCCUGAGAUAAAGGAAAAAGGACUUUCAGGUUUGCCAAGACUAGUCCUGUUCACUUCAGAAGAG